CGCGGGCGCCAUGGCGGCGGCAGCGCGGCCGCUGGCGCUGCUCACCAGCUGUGCCGCGGGCUUCGCGCCCGAGGAGCUCGUCAAACGUAUCACAGGAGAAGAUGACCUGACUGUGGGUGCAAUAACAAGUGGAAGAGUGAAUUUCUACCCCUGGACGAUAGAUAACAAAUACUAUUGUGCAGAUAUCCACCUCUGUGUGGUCCCAAACACGUUCCACGUGACCGCAGAGAUCGCCGAGGCUGUGCAGGCAUUUGUGGUGUACUUUGACAGCACAACAAAAACUGGACUGGAGGGUGUCUCUGAAUGGCUGCCCCUGACAGAAGAGUGGCUGCCAGAAGUGAUGAUCCUGGUUUGUGACAGAGUGUCUGAGAACGGUGUAAACAGACAGAAAGCUCAAGAAUGGUGCAUCAAGCAUGGCUUUGAGCUGGUAGAGCUCAGCCCUGAGGAGCUGCCUGAUGAAGAUGAUGAUUUCCCCGAGUCCACGGGAGUGAAGCGCAUCGUGCAGGCCCUCAACGCCAACGUCUGGUCCAACGUGGUGAUGAAGGGGGACAGGACCCAGGGCUUUGGUCUCCUCAGCACCUUGGCAGGAGCAAACAGGAGCCGUGGCUGUGAAGAGACCCCGGAGACAGAAUCCAACCCAGGAGAGAGGGAGGAAUCCCAGUCAGAUGGUGGGGAGGAUGGAGCUGGCACACACAGCCUGGAGCCUGACAGUGCUGCAGAUCCCAUGCUGGAUAUGGACAUCCAGGAGCUGGCCAGCCUGACCACGAGGGAUGGGGACCUGGAGAACUUCGAAAGGCUCUUCUCAAAGCUGAAAGAAAUGAAAGACAAAGCGGCCACGCUGCCCCACGAGCAGAGGAAGCUGCACGCAGAGAAGGUGGCCAAAGCCUUCUGGAUGGCAAUUGGAGGAGACAGGGAUGAGAUUGAAGGUCUCUCCUCAGAUGAAGAUAACUGAAUUCCUCUGUAGCUGGAAGUGCCAGAGCAAUCCUGAGGGAACGCUCCUUCCCUGAAUUAGUGUUCAUUGCCAAAAACCCCAUUUAGCUGUAGCUGCUGCCCUUGGUGACAGCAUUCCCCAUGUUCCACAUUCCACAGCAUCUCCAGCUCCAGAGGCUUUGUCUGACUGUCCUGUCUCCUCUCCCAGAGGACUUUGGGAGGUGACACGAGUGUGGUUCAAGGAAACAGUGAUGAGUUUACAUUUUACAAAUGAACAUUUUUAUUAUUUCCUCUCUGGGGUUUAAAUAAACAAAUGUGCUCCCAGUUAUCUCUGCACACAGGGCUGGGGCUUGGGAAGUCACUCCUGAAUUCCAAACUGCAUUUUUCAGCUGUAGGGCUCUUGGAUGGUUUUAUGGAGCUUUUCCCAGUUGAGACUGGCCAGAUUUGGAUGAGCCAUGAGGAGGAGGUUGCUGAGCCCCAUCCUGCCAAGUGCCCAAGCCAUUACACGUGGCCCCAGGCUUGGGUUCUGUUUGGAUUUUGCCUGUGUAAGGACAGGGGCUUCCCUGCAGUGCCAGGUGUUGUGCACACUCCCUGGAUUCCCAUUGGAAUGCCAGAUGGCUGCUGCUGCUCCUGGGGUGGAGUUCCCUGCCCAAACCUUGUGCAAGGCCUGGCAGAGUGCACAGAGCUGCUCUGGGAGCUCUGUGCACAGUUCCCAAAGCCCUCGGUGCCCCUGGGUGGGCUCAGUGCCCACUCCCUGUGUGUCCAUCAGGGCUCAGAGGGAAUUCCCUUUCCUGGAGGGAGCCCCCGUCACUUCCACAGCAGCACAGGGCACAGAGCCUCUGGAAUGACGGACAUGGAAGGAACGUGGAGCCUGGUGAGGAGCCAGAGGAGGAAGGGGAGAUGCCACCCUGGCUCCUCUGUGCAGGCACAGGCUGUGGAUCCACAGGAAGAGUCUGGCCCCAAGAACUUUUCCUUAUCCAUCUGAAAGUCCACCCUGUUAAGCACCCUCAGUUAGGAAUUCCAAAAUUACCUUUUCCAAUGUCCCCUAAAUUGCCGAGUCCCAGGACAUGGGCUUGCCAUCGAUUCUUGGAUGGCUUUACGUCCUGCAGCACUUUCAGAGUGCUCCUUGAAUUCCCUUUUUAAUGCUGAAGCAAAGGUGAAUGUAAAUCAUCAUUCUUGGAAUGCUGGGAAUCAUUUCCUGCAUGGAAACUGCAGCGUUCAAGGACAAGAACUGCAGCCUCACUGGCAGUUUGGGAAGCGUUUCUCAGCUGAAGCCUGAGCAGGAGCUCCCCCGUGGUGAAACACCUGGUUUGGGAAGAAUUCUGGAAUAUGAGACAGCCAAGGAAACACCUGCCAGGGACACCUUCCCAGGCAGCUGCGGGGCCUUGCUGUGACUGCACCUUCUCCUGCUCUCCAUCUCUGUCCCAGCACAGAGGAUGAGGCACAGAGCUGCAGGUGGCUCAUUCCAGGCAGGGAAUGAAUGGUUUCCCCAUUGGCUUCUCGGGAGCUGAGAUUGUUUCUGCCCUUUCUAAAUCUUUGUUGUGCAAUGCUGAUAAAUGGCCAAAGUGCCAAGGGAAUGGAGUGGAGGCAGCGAAGAAAAAAUGGACUUGGACACUUUAUAAACCCAUUCUUUAGACAUGUGAUAGAGAUGUGACAUUUUAAAUUUAAUGAGAUCAUAUCAGUUAAAACCCAGUGCUUUGCUGCCUUUUUAUGAGGUAGCAGCAGCUCAUUCCCAUACUCAAAACUCUUUUAAACAUGAUUUAUUGUAAAUGUGGGUCUUCUCUGUAGGGGCACAAAUCAUGGAGGCAGGAAGUGUGGCUGAAGACACUGGGAAAUAAUUUAAUGAUCCUUUGAGGUUGUUGUGUUGUGGUUUAAAAUCAAGGUUUACUUUGCUGGUGCUUAUUUUUUUUGUGGGUUGUUUGGGGUUUUUCUGAAGAGACCCUUUGGUUUUGGCUACAGAAUUUCUUUACAAAAGAAGUUGUUACAGAAAUGAAUAAAGGGGGCAUUAGCGGAAAGGCA